UAAUGAUAAAAAUCAAAACUAACCUAUUUUUUAAAAACAAUAUCAUAUCACUAUGCAUGAUAUUUGAGUGUAAUUAUUGUAAGUACAAUGUAGCUUAACAAAAACAAGAAACAAAACCACUUGUAUUGUAUUGUAUCUUUAAUUAGUUUCAUAAGACUAUAUAUAAUAUAUGCACGUGAAACCCCAAUAAUUUCUCAUGCAUUAGGUGGGGUCCUAAAAGGCCAGGCCUUCAUCUUUUGUUCUCAUGCCAAAUUCCAAUUCCCAGGAAUCUCCAAACUCACUCAACUCAACUCCUCUCUCUCUCUCUCACAGACUCAUCUUCAUUAAUUCUCUCCUUUUCUUAUUCUUCCAUAAAUACCAUUUCUUCUUCCUAUCUUUCUAACUAUACCAUUUUUUUCCCAAUCAACAAUGGAAAUGGGGUUCUUUUCUUUGCUUUUGUUUCUACUAAUUUCUCUAAACUUUUCUAGAAAUGGGGUUCUCUGUUUUCCUGAGAAGAAGCUACUCAAUCUCAAAGACAAUAAUUUUCAAUGGAAGCAAUCCAAUAUUGUUGGUGGUGCUUCAAACUGUGUUUCAUCACAUAACUCAAAGAGUGUAAAUGGAGCAACUAUAUUGGAAAUGAAGCACAGAGACCAUUGUUCUAAUAAAAUGAUUGAUUGGAACAAGAAGCUUAAAAGAAGAUUGGUUGUAGACGAUCUUCAUGUGAAGUCACUUCAAUCACAAUUCAAGACCAGAACCAACAUUAAUAACAAUAUUAAUGUUGAAGAUCAUAAAUCAACUACUCAAAUCCCAAUCAUUUCUGGGAUAAAGCUAGAAAUCUUAAACUACAUAGUAACAAUCGAAUUGGGUGGAAAAAACAUGACAGUUAUAGUUGACACAGGCAGUGAUUUGACUUGGGUUCAAUGUCAACCAUGCAAGUUGUGUUACAACCAAAAAGACCCCCUCUUCAACCCUUCUUCAUCACAUUCCUACCAUUCGAUUUUGUGCAACUCCACAACUUGUCGAGCCCUACAAUCAGCCACGGGCAACUCAGGUGAAUGUGGAUACUCGAAACCGCCUAGCACUAGCUGCAACUACAUGGUUAGCUAUGGCGAUGGAUCAUACACAAGUGGCGAAAUUGGUAGUGAACAUCUCAAACUCGGAACAACUCCUGUAAAUGGCUUUGUUUUCGGGUGUGGUAGAAACAACAAGGGCUUGUUUGGUGGAGCCUCAGGACUAAUGGGGUUAGGAAGAAGUGAUCUCUCAUUAAUUUCUCAAACUGAUUCAUUGUUUAAAGGAGUUUUCUCUUAUUGUUUACCUUCAAGUACAGAGCCUAAUGCUUCAGGCUCAUUAGUUAUGGGAUUUGACUCAUCUACUUACAAAAAUUCAACACCAAUUUUAUUUACCAAAAUGGUACAAAAUCCACAACUGCCCACUUUCUAUUUUCUCAACAUGACUGGAAUUAGUGUUGGUGGAGUGGCAUUAUCACUUUCAAAUUCUUCUUCUAAUAAUUCUUUUGGUAAAGGUGGGAUUUUGAUUGAUUCUGGUACAGUCAUAACAAGACUAGCUCCAUCAGUUUACAAGGUUGUGAAAGAAGAGUUUGUGAAACAAUUUUCUGGGUUUCCUUCAGCACCUGGAUUUUCAAUAUUGGACACGUGUUUCAAUCUGAGUGGGUAUGAUCAAAUCAACCUUCCAACAUUGAAAAUGCAGUUUGAUGGAAAUGCUGCUGAGUUGAGUAUUGAUGUGACUGGUGUUUUGUAUAUGGUUAAAACUGAUGCUUCUCAGAUUUGUUUGGCUUUGGCAAGUUUGGCUUAUGAAGAAGAAAUUGGUAUUAUUGGAAAUUAUCAACAGAAGAAUCAAAGGGUUAUUUAUGAUACUAAAGGCUCUAAACUUGGAUUUGCAGAAGAGAUUUGUAGUUUUAAUUAAAUAUCAUAUAUUUUCAUUUAGAUAAUUUGGUUGGGUUUUGUGUAUAUAUUAUUUUGUUGUUGUGAAAGAGAAAAAUAAAAAGAAUAAAUGGGUUACACAGUAUAUGCAAUUUGUGAAUUGUGAUUUAUCUUUUUUUUUUUGUGUAAUGAAUUACUUUUCUCUUGCUAAGUUUAUAUUGUAAAGUUUGCUUAUCUAGU